AUGGAAUCCGCGAAAUGUUCGAAAUUAAUCAACAUUAUGGAAUCUGCGUACAAAAUGUUGAACAAAUCAUCGCCAACGGAGAUUCAGAAAUGGAUUAAAUUUGGGACGCAAAAUAUCCGGCUUCUAAACAAAAUUCUGCGAAAGGCUUCAACGAUGGGUGAGAAAAUGAAAAUUAUCACAGACAUCGGACUCUUGAAAUCGCUGACGGAAAAAUUCAAACGUCUUCGGACAACGGGUGACGGUACGCGGAAACAAAGACGAAGCGAUCACGUACACUGGGAAGAAUUGGAGUCUGCUUUCAAGGGAAGAAUACGAACCGGAUCCAUCACCAAUUUGAAACAUAAAGACGUAGAGAGGUUUCUAGAAGACGCAAAGUUACUUGCUGUGACAAAACUGAAAAACGAUUUGAAGAAAGCCAGGAGCCUAAAAGUCAACGCUAUCCUGGCUUGUAAAUUCGAAGUAAAGAAGGAUGAUCACACAGUAGAAGAGAACAAAUUCUUUAAUACGAGAAACGAAAUCAUCCUCCUGACAACGGAUAUUAAGGAAUGGUUCAUCGAAAAUGUAACAAACCGUUUGUUAACAAAGGUGGAAGAUUUCCAGGAAAAGGAUUCAGGCUGGUCGUUACUUGAAAUUAUCAAUCUUGCCGUCAACAUCAACAAGUAUACACCACUUCGAGGUGGUCUUAAUACCUACACCCUGUUGCCGAAACACAUCAGUGAUAAGAAGGCUGUGGUAAACAUCCGAAAUAACGACUCGUAUUGUUUCCUUUGGUCGGUCACCGCAGCUCUGCGCCCAGCUGAAAACAAAAAUCCCAACAAAAUCAGCUCGUAUCCACAUUUCAGCGAGGUGCUACGGUAUGACAGUAUAAACUUUCCUAUGUCUUUACACAAAAAUGCUAUUUCGAAAUUUGAAAAACUCAACGGACUUUCCAUCAAUGUUUUUGAUUUAAACGAAACCAAAGUCGAAUUACCCACAGAGGAGGAAAAAAUUCUAAAAUUCAAAAAUUUGAAGCACAAGGAAACCGUUCCGUUCUGUAUUUACGCGGAUCUAGAAUGCUUGUUGCAAGCUACUAACAUUCAAGUGUCAGAAAAUAGAACAAUUUGUCAAAAUCAUAUUCCUUACAGUAUAGCAUAUUACCUGCAUUGCACCUUUAACGAUUCCAUUUCAGAGUUCAAAAUUAACCGCGGGAAGACUUGCAUCGAAUGGUUUGUGAACAAGUUGGAGGAAUUGGCACACUCCUUAAAAAAAAAGUAUUUAAAAAAUAUUGUACGUAUGGAGUCGCUGAACUUCAAUCAAAUUAACGAAUUUAAUUUAUCAAAGGUAUGUCAUAUUUGUGAAAAGCCGUUCACGCGCGAAGCCGUGAAACACCGUGAUCACUGUCAUUUCACAGGAAGGUACCGUGGUCCUGCGCAUCAAAGCUGUAAUCUUAAUUAUCGAAAAUCGCAUACUAUCCCAGUGAUAUUCCACAAUCUGUCGGGUUACGAUUCGCAUUUUUUGAUUAAAGCAUUGGCCACAACUUUUCAGGGUACUAUUCAGCUUCUACCCGUGAACAAAGAAAAGUAUAUUUCGUUCACAAAAUUCGUUAAAGGAACAAAUGUACAGUUGAGAUUUAUAGAUUCGUACCGUUUUAUGCCCAGCAGCCUCGAAAAAUUGGCAAUGUAUUUGAAUGAUAAUCAAAAAGCAAUUACACGUAAAUUUUGCACUAGCUCUGAAAAAUUCGAGUUAUUAACCAGAAAAGGUGUUUUUCCGUAUGAGUAUAUGGAUAGUUGGGAGAAGCUCGAGGACGUAAAGUUACCGCCUAAAGAAAAAUUUUAUUCAAAAUUGAACAAUCAAGGUAUUUCAGAUGAAGAUUACGCACACGCGUGUAAAGUUUGGCAAGCUUUUAACCUUAAAACGUUGGGGGAAUAUUCAGACUUAUAUUUGCAAACUGAUGUUUUUCUGUUGGCUGACGUUUUUGAAAACUUUCGACAAAAUUGUUAUGCAACGUACAACCUGGACCCUUUACAUUAUCACACGGCACCCGGUCUUUCGUUUGACGCAAUGUUGAAAUGUACCGGUAUCGAACUUGAGCUUCUCACUGACAUAGAUAUGCUUAUGUUUAUAGAAAAAGGUAUUCGAGGUGGUGUGUCCCAAUGCUCUAACCGAUAUGCAAAGGCUAACAAUAGAUACAUGGGAGAUGCUUUCAAUCCAGCGCUCGAAGAGUCUUAUCUCAUGUACUUCGACGUUAACAACUUGUACGGCGCGGCUAUGAGCUUUGCUCUACCAUGCAGUUCUUUCGAAUGGAUAUUAGAUUUCAGACAAUUCGAUGUUUUUGCCAUCACAGACGAAGCGGAGUUUGGCUACUUAUUAGAGGUAGAUUUGGAAUAUCCCAAGGAACUGCAUGAAAUGCAUAAAGAUUUACCACUGUGUCCGGAACACUGCAUACCUCCCAUCUCAAAAAGUAAGCAGCCGAAAUUGAUGACCACGCUACUCUCCAAGCAAAACUACGUUGUUCAUUACCGCGUCUUGAAACAAUGCUUAGAAUUAGGUUUAAAACUAGCUAAAAUUCAUAGAGUUCUAAAGUUCAGACAAACACCGUGGCUCAAAAAGAAGUAUAGAGAUGUCAGGCUGAUCACGAAAUGGGAUGGAAGAUACGGUGCUAGAGCUACUAUAGCCAAACCAAAUUUCCACAGUUGUACAAUCUUUGAUCAAGAUAUGAUAAUAGUUGAAUUGCGUAAAACGACAGUCAAACUCAACAAACCAUUGUAUGCAGGUUUUUCCAUUUUAGAUCUUGCAAAGACCUUUAUCUACGAUUUUCACUACAAGUAUGUUAAAACGAAAUUUGGUCAUCAGGCAAAAUUAAUGUACACUGACACGGAUAGUUUGAUAUAUCACUUCACCGUCCCCAACAUUUACGAAUGCAUCAAACAGGACUUGGAUAAAUUUGAUACCUCUGAUUAUCCACCUGACAACGUCUACGGAAUGCCGUUGGUUAACAAAAAAGUUCUAGGUUUGAUGAAAGAUGAGUGUAACGGAAAAAUAAUGGCGGAAUUCAUUGGCUUGAGAGCGAAGUUGUACUCAUUCAGAGUGAUGGGGGAGGAUAAGGAUCAAAAACGAGCCAAGGGUGUCAAAGGAUCCCUGUUAAAAACUAUAACCUUCGAUGAUUACUUGAAGUGUGCUUCAGAACGCGAAAAUUUAGUCGAACGUCAGAGUUUGAUACAGAGUCAGAAGCAUCAGGUCUAUACCAUUGAACAGAAAAAAGUAGCACUGAGCUGGAACGACGAUAAGCGUAAGUUAUUUCGAAACACAACCGAUACGGUGCCGUGGGGCUACGAGACCGGCAGUUAA